AUGGCUAAGGAUAAGGUGGAAGAGACAGGGGAGUUAGAAUGGGCCUUGCUACCCCGAGGAGAAAUUUCCCAAGUAGAAGGGAUUUUUCUAGAAAAGAAUACAUGCAACAUCUGGGAUAAAAUCUGGAACUUCCAAGCCAAGCCGGAUGACCUGGUCAUUGCUUCCUAUCCCAAAGCAGGAACCACUUGGACACAGGAAAUUGUCGAUCUGAUUCAGAACAAUGGAGACAUUGAGAAGAGCAGGUGGGCUUCCAUUCCACUUCGACAGCCUUUCUUGGAAUGGACAAUUUGGGAAAUAAGCCAGAAUAAUUUUUCAGGACUUAACCAGGCAAAUGCAAUGCCUUCCCCAAGGACCCUGAAAACUCAUCUUCCAGUGCAACUACUGCCUCCAUCCUUCUGGGAGAAAAACUGUAAGAUAAUCUACGUGGCAAGGAAUGCCAAGGACACCAUGGUGUCCUACUACCAUUUUCAAAGGAUGAACAAAACACUUCCUGACCCAGGAAGCUGGGAUGAGUACUUUAAGACAUUCUUGGCAGGCAAAGUGGCAUGGGGGUCCUGGUAUGACCACGUGAAGGGCUGGUGGAGGAAGAAAGACAGUCACCCCAUUCUUUAUCUUUUCUACGAAGAAAUGAUCACAGAUCCAAAACGUGAAAUUAGAAAAGUGAUGGAAUUCCUGGGGAAGGACCUAACAGAAGAGGUUUUAGACAAAAUCGUCUAUAAUACUUCAUUUGAUGUAAUGAAAAACAACCCCAUGACCAACUACACAAAUGUUAGAAUGAAUCAUAAUAUUUCUCCAUUCAUGAGAAAAGGAGUCAUAGGAGAUUGGAAAAAUCAGUUCACUGAAACUCAGAAUAAGCAAUUUAAUGAAGACUAUGAGAAAAAUAUGGCUGAUACCUCUCUGUCGUUCUGCAUGGAACUCUAA